AAAAAAAAAAAAAAAAAAAAAGAUAUCGUUACGUUAUCUCGGACAUGAUAUUACUCACGUGGCUGUGCAAUGUAAUCCGUAUAUAAACAAAACAGGAAGCACACAAGUUUCAUUUUGUUGUUAAAAAAGUAAUAUAGCACUCGCAGACACUGGUAAAAGUGAUAUUUAUUUGAAUUUAAUUUAAUGUGAUUCAACAUGUCGAAAUAUAAAAAGAUGGAAAAGAAUACAAGAUCUCAAGUCACGGAAAACUAAUGAAUUCAUCAAAGAAAGACUGUUGUGAUGUUGUGAAAAUUGGGAAAAAGACUUAUUUCAGAUGUGCUCUUUGUGGAGCUCACCGUUCUACUAAAAACAGGGUUUUUUCACAUCUGGUGGAUUGUCAUUCCUUAAGUCCAGCUAAGCCAGUUUACAAACUAUACAAUAGAGAUCCGAGUGUGCCUGUUCCAAAAAGAACUACUUCCAGACGAGUACUUGUACCUGAUCAGGUUCCAAAAGCAGAAAUCACAGAUGAAAAUCUGGCCUUACUGUCUUCAGAAAAGGAAACAGAAGAAUCAUCUCAGAAUAAAGAAACAUUUCAGAUUGAAAAUUUUAUUAGUAAUAUUACAGAACAUGAAACUUUUUGUGAAAAUCAUAUCCUUAUCGAUUACAAUGAAAAUGGAAAUUUGUUGACUGAUGAAACAGAAUCAAUGCAGUCUUUAAUGGAAAUUGGUGAUGGUUCUGAAUCACAUGAGGGCUCUGAAUCUGAUGAUAACAGUGAUGUGCUGGAUAAUACAGAUUCUGUAAGUUCUGAUGCCAGUAGUGUAAACAAUGAAAUGUGUGAGUCUGCUCAGUGCAUUAAUAAGGAAAAAGAUUAUUCAUUAGCGUUCCUUUCAUUUGCCAUGAAUUACAAUUUGGCUGGAAACUGCAUUGAUGACUUGAUACUUUUACAUAAGUCAACAAAUCCACAAUCAAAAUCGUGGCUUCCAAAUAAUUAUAAACAACUAUUAAAAAAAACUGUGCUUUCUGGACAUCAGGAUAAUUAUCGUCAACACCACUAUUGUAUGAAAUGCUUCAAACUUUUCCAGCUGACGAUCCAAAUGAAUAUAAAUGUAAAACACAUGGGUGUGACGGACUUCAAUAUAUGGGGCCGGAGAAUGUCCAGUUAGAUAAGACAAGAAAACAUUAUUUUUAAAUAAGUAUUAGGGCGGUAUUUUUAUAACAGAAGGUCAAUUCAUUUAGAAGUACUUGUUCAAGGUAAUAAAAAAAUAUCGAUUGACAAAUACAUCAGUGUGUUAGUUUUCUGUCAGGGACAAAAUAUAAUACAUGUCUUAUAUUUUUAAAGCAGCUUUAAGGGAGAAUAGAAGGAAAAAAUUAUGUAGUGUGAUUGUUAAACAAAUUCUCAGACUGUAAAGUAGUUGUGGACAAAAAAAUGAAACUGACUGAACUGCCAUGUAGACAAACAUGUUAUGACUCUGAUUUCAAUAAAUGAUCUGGCAAUGUUGUAGCUAUCAUGCCAGUUGUGGUCAAAACA